AUGGUGGUGUUCCUUGCUAGAUGGUGCUCGCUGUACGCGUUUCAGGUGUUGGCGUUGCAUUUGCUAACGGUGUCGAACGUAGGAAGCUUGCGGCAGGAGGACACGUCAGCUACGCCGCCAACUUCCGAUGCUAGUAGUUUGAGUUGGCCUGACGAUGAGCUGGAGCUCAGCACGACGACGGUUGGUGGUGAUAGCGUCGAACCGGACGAGUGGGUCACGGGCUCGACGGUCGAUUUCUGGAGUCCCAAGAGCGUUGAGCUGAAUGAGUCCUCGUCACCGCGGGUGGAGUUCGUGAAUGGACGCUUCCGGAAGCACAUUAACGAGCUGAAGAUGGCUGGCGAUCGGCUGGAUAUUGUGUUCCUGAUCGACGCCAGCUCCAGUGUCGGUCCGAGCAACUUCCUCAGCGAGCUGCGGUUUGUUAAGAAGCUGCUGGCCGACCUGGACGUCAGUAUGAACCGGACGCGCGUCGCUGUGGUGACGUUCAGCUCGCGAACGAAGGUGAUGCGCCACGUGGACCAGAUUUCGAACCCUCAGCCAGCGAACGACAAGUGUCUAUUGCUCAACUAUCAGCUGCCGGUGAUUGAAUACAGUGGAGGAGGAACCUACACCUACGGAGCCCUACGUGAGGCGGAGGCGAUCUUCGAAAAGUCAACCGUAUCAGGCGGUCCUGCCAACCCCCGUACUAUCUUUCUCAUCACCGAUGGAUACUCGAAUGGGCCGAGUCCGAUUCCGGUGGCGCAACGCCUGCAGUCGACCGGUGUGACGAUGUUCGCCAUCGGUAUCGAGUCGGGUAACGACGCGGAGCUGGCCAGUCUGGUGACGUCUCCCGAGCAUCGCUACCUGCUCACCAGCUUCGAGCAGUUUGAGACGCUCGUCCGACAGGCACUACACCACGACUACCGACCAGGUCCGUCGCUGCCAGUGGCUAACGCCACGCUCUGUGAUACAUUGUGUGAAUCGGGGAGCUGUUGUGACGUCCGGGCAGUGUGCAGCUGUAGUUCCACUUCGGGACACUACCGGUGCGCCUGCGAACCUGGAUAUGGUGGGUCGGGGCUGCGAGGUCAAUGCCAACCAUGCCCAGUUGGGACGUUCUGGGUGGCGGGAGGACAGUGUGAACCGUGCCGCAGCUCACGCCAUAUAACUCUGCGACCAGGGGCUACCUCGGAGCGGGAUUGCGUGUGUCCGCAUGGCUACCAGGAGAACGAGGACGGACGGUGCGUUGCCAUCACCUGCCCGAAGCUGCGUGCACCAGAACACGGCUACUUCGUGAUGGACCCGAAGCCUUGUGGACAGGUGUUAAAUGCGGCUUGCGGCACUCGAUGCCGACCGGGCUAUGAGCUGACCGGUAGCAGUAUCAGACUGUGCCAGGAGAACGGCGAAUGGUCCGGCACCGAGGUGAAGUGCACGAUGAAGAAAUGUCCUCCGCUCAGCAUUCCCUACUAUGGCAUGGCGGUAUGCAGCAAUCCCGAUCUGGACCUCUUCUAUGACUACACGCCACGCAACAAGUCCUUCCUGCAGAACUACAGUGUCACGGCCGAGCGGCUCACGGUGGCGAUGCCUAUCGACACGGAGUGUGCGUUCAAGUGCGGCCAGGGCUUCUACCUGAAGGGUUCCCACAAUCGCUACUGUCUUCCGCUAUCCAAGUGGGACGGUCUGCAGACGACUUGCACGCAGAUUCUGUGUCCUGCCCUGCCGAAGGUGGCAUUCGGCACGUACGAUCCAACCGACUGUGCUGAGGCAAAGUCGGCGUUCGGUGCCAACUGCACACUCGUGUGCGAUUUUGGAUUCGAGAUGAAAGGUGGACCAUCGACAAAGCAGUGCGGGGGUCGUCGAACCGGCGUGUGGAGCAAAACAAAGACACCACGCUGCAUCGACAUCGUACCGCCGUACAUCGAGUGUCCGGGCAACUAUACGGUGCUGCUGGACGACGACUACCCGUAUGCGGUGGUCCGUCGACUCCAGCAGCCGUACGUGUUUGACAACAGUGGCGACAACUACACCUACUGGUCGAAGCCGGCACUCAAGGAUGGUGGCAGUAGGCUGCCGCUGGGCGACCACCAGUUCACCUACGUCGCGGUGGACGCAUUCAAGAACAAGGCCCGCUGUAGCUUCACCGUCUCGGUGAUCGACCAGACACCGCCGGUGCUGGAGCAGUGUGUGGAUCCCCCGGUGCAGUACAUUAGCGACGCCAGUAACCCCCAGGAGCUGCUGGUACAGUGGGACGAACCGGUGGUGUACGACAACGCCGGCUCGGACAACGUGACGCUGACGGUGAGCCACAGUCCCGGGUAUCUAGCGGUAGGUGUGCAUCACGUCCUCUACCGGGCGGUGGACACCUCCGGCAAUGAAGCCGAGUGCACGGUGAAGGUGGAGGUGCGUCAGUAUAACUGCGAGGGACCGAUCCCGGCGCCAGCUCAUGGCGUGUCGGUGUGCGCGCAGAACACCACGCACGUGUGGUGCGAACUCAGCUGCAUCGGUGAGUACGCGUUCCACGAUCGCCAGGACGGUGGCGCGGUACGUAUGGUGUGCGAGCGGGCCCGGCCGACCUGGGGCCAGCCACUGGCUAUUCCGGAGUGCAGCGAAACGGUGCACCCAGUCGGUGUGGAGAAGGUACUGACGAUCCGCCUGGACGGUGCCCCCGAUCCGAGCCUCUGCGGCGACAAAGAUGCCCAAGGUGAGGUUUCGGAAGCGUUCACCGAGGGGCUACGAGAUGCGAUGUGUGAGGGGCAGGAGGAAUGCACCCUGCUAGCGACGGUACCAUUCUGCUCCGGAACCAUCGACACACCCACCACCGAUGACUCGAUGCGGUACCGGAUCGUACGGCGAAGCGUUGUACCCACCGAGGAUGACGCAGAUACAUCGAGCGGGGCCACGGUGAAAGUGGUUGUGUACAAGCGCAUCUCCCAACAGCUCGGCAUGUGGCGCCCCGAUGGGAAGCAGUCGGAGAACAUACGGCGAAUAAAAGAGGAGCUAGACAAAAUCAACGCCAACAAAAAGUUGCGUCGUCGGCUGGGCACGCUCAACCUGGACCUCAGCGUGCUUAAGCUGGACGAGAAGAUACGGUGCGCCAAUGGGAGCAUCGCCAGGAAGCUCGUUUGUGUUCACUGUCCACGGGGUACGUAUCACAACCACACGACCAACAGUUGCAGCAGUUGCCCGCUGGGAACGUACAACGAGCAGACGGGUCAGUCGAGCUGUCUACCCUGCCCGAAGAAUCACUCGACCCGGCGGCUCGGCUCGAAGCACUCGGUGGAGUGCAAACCGCAGUGUCCGCCCGGUACGGUCGCCAAGCUGAAGCCGGCGAAAUCGGUCAAAGCGGGCAACCGGACGGGUGGAGCGGGCACGACGAGAUACCACAAGACGCUGAUGCCGUUCUGUCGCCAGUGUGAGCCGGGCUACUUCCAGGGUCAGUACAAUCGGGCUCAGUGCCAGCCGUGCCCGGUGGGCCAUAGCUCGGCCCGAGGAUCGACGCGCGUUGCCGACUGCUUCCAGCUGCCGGAGCCGGGCAGUGGAAGGCCGUGCGAGAACGGGACGUCGCUGUGCGGACCAAACGGGCGGUGCGUUGUGGAUCCGGCGGUUGCCGGCGGGUAUGAGUGCGCCUGUGAGGGGCACGCCGUUGGAGCGCACUGCGAGAGGACGCUGGAUGCGUGUGCGUCGGCACCGUGCUUCAAUGGGGGACAGUGUCGGGUGCGCGGCACUGGCGGGUUCGAGUGUGUGUGCGUGCCUCCGCACACCGGUGGACCACUGUGCGAGCAGUAUGUCGAUCCGUGCAGGGUGGGAUGGUGCGAGAACGGAGGAAGCUGCGUGGAGACGGAGGGUCGGGCCGUGUGCGAGUGUGCGGUGGGGUUCGAGGGAGCGCGCUGUGAACACCGCAAGGACUUCUGCGAGACGCGUCCGUGUGAGUCGGAGGGGAUGUGCGUUAACGUCGGCGAGGGGUACAAGUGCGUGUGCCCACGGGGUAAGACGGGCCGCAGGUGUCAGCUGGAGCCGUGUGACUAUAUGCCUUGUCCGAGUGGCGCCCUCUGUCGGCAUGGGGACGACGAUGAUCAGUUGCUAAUCGUGCUGCAGGGUACGAGCGGUGUCAACCACUCGUCGCCCGUCUUCUCGGCCAGCUACCGGUGCGUCUGUCCCGCUGGUCUGCGGGAUGUCAACUGUACUGUCGUGGACAACCCGUGCGAGACGACGCGGCGUGACUACUGCCGCAAUGGCGGAACCUGUCAGCCGGUCAAGCUGCGCAAGGUUCGUGCGCCCUCGGGAGAAGACUACGACAGUGCGGAGGAGGACGAUGAGGAGGCGUACCGGGCGGUACGAUGUCACUGUCCACCCGGUUACUACGGGGAUCGCUGUGAGCGUCACCCGUCGGUUGACUUGGUGCUCCACUUCCCGCCGGGGAUGGGCGUGCACACGUACGCCAAGGUAGUGCCGACAGCUCAGGAUGUUACCGCCUACCGUGCGAUGGCGGUCUGCGGUUGGUAUCAGACGGACGACGACUUCAACUACGGUGCCCUUGUCUCGUACGCUACGGCUCGCGAGGAUAACGCACUGACACUCACCGACUACAGCGGGCUGGUGGUGUACGUGAACGGGGCACACGUCGUCACGAACGUAUCGCUCAACGAUGGCGAGUGGCACUUCUUGUGCCUAUGCUGGACCAGCGACGCCGGUGGCCGGUACGAGCUGUUCCUCGACGGGGAGCUGCGUGCAGCUGGGACGAACCUGAGCGCCGGAGUUCCCGUACCAGCUGGAGGACUACUGGUGCUGGGCCAGGAACAGGAUAGGCUGGGUGGCGGCUUCAGCGAGACGGAGUCGUACCGCGGCCGGAUGGCGUAUGUGGACGUUUGGACGCGUGCGCUUCCGGCAUCGGAGGUACGUCACCUGUACCACACCUGCGAGCCGUACCAUGGCGAUCUGGUUCGCUGGACGGAUGCGAAACUGCACACCGUAGGCGCGGUGCGCAUGGAACCUUCCGGCUUUUGCAGAUCCUGCCCGCGUAACCACUCGCUGCCGAACGGGUCGGUUCGGUACGAUAUGGCCCGACAGCAGGCACACUUCCAGUGCGACGAGGGAUACGAGUUGAUCGGACCGCCAAGCGCUAACUGCUUGCGCACGUCACGCUGGACUGUCGGUUCGCGUUUCUGCAAACUUAUACGAUGUGGAACCGUCGGGGCUCCUACAAACGGCCAGGUGGUGCUCUCCAAGACCAGCUACGGUGGUGAGGCGCGGUUCAGCUGUGACGAAGGGUUUGUACUAGCCGGUCUGAAGAUACUCCACUGCACAACCAACGCUACCUGGUCUGGUCCAGUGCCGGAGUGCAUCAGCAUUCUCAAGUGUAUCCCGCUAGCGCUGGAUGAGUGUUCCGGGGUCGGUGCGAUAAUCUACGCCACAGAACGUGGCCCCAUCGGUCGCACCCAGCCGGCGUACGAUGUUGGCGUGCUAGCGGAGGUUCGGUGCGCCCCCGGAUUCACGCUGGAGGGGGACAAUCUGUUGACCUGCGACGAGGGUGGCCAGUGGGAUCUACCACUCCCGGCUUGCUUGCCGCCCACGGUCCCGACGCAGACAACGCCAGCGAGCCUGAUCAUCCGCGUCAGCCGUCGACCGGACGUGCACUUCUGGAAGGGUCUGAAGGACUAUCUGCUGCACGGUUGCUUCGCCGUGCGGCCUGUGUCGCCAUUUUGCCACUUACCUGAGGCCGGCGGCAACUGGAGCGAUUUGCAGGGGUUUUCCGUGCAGCGAGAGUCCGACCAGGGUUCGAGCAUCGACGUGAAGCUGCUCUCGUUCCUGAUGCGCUCCGUCCGGACGCACGGCAAUACCUCUUCGGAGCGGUUGACACCGAACAGCUUGCUCCCGUACAUUCUGUACGGUUCGCUCGACACGAUCGCGUACGAGUCGCGCUUUCCGCCGCCGGUGGAGGAUGUGUACCGGUUCGUAAUCUGUCAGUUCAUCGACGUCAUCUUGAUGGACCGGGAGCUCAACUACGACGGCGAGCUUGAGGUGGACAUUGCGCUGGAGGAGAAUACGAACGUGAAGAUCAAGUACCUUCUGAAGCACGUCGUUCAGCCCCUCCACCGGCAGUACCAGCAGUGGGAGGAAGAGCGGAGCGCGAGGGAGGCGGCCGCCCUUCGGAAGAUCAUCGGACUUGCGCCGGAACUGCCCACACCGGCACCUCCGAAGCGCUGUCCCGUGCGCCUACUGCCGACUCCACCGAUCGAUGGUCGGGUGGUUGCGGUGGACCUGCAGAAGGUGCGCGUACCUCCAACGACCGGGACCGGACUCGAAGGGCUUCACCACAGCGAACUCCUGGCGGAUGUUGGCGAUCGCGUGCGCUACGGCUGCGUUGAGGGGUUCAGCAUGCGUGGUUCCGGUGUCAGCGAGUGCGGCACAGAUGGCCGCUGGACCUUGCCCGACGGCUUCUGCGAAGGGGCGUUGUGCGAGGACCCUCCGGUCCGGGCGAACAUGCACAUCGCACCCGAGUCGCUCGAUACACACUACUACGUGGACGACGAGAUCGAGUUCCGGUGUGCGGCCGGCUACGCCAUCAAAGGACAUCCGAUCAUCAAAUGUCAGCACGACGGCCGUUGGACCCCUAUCCUUUCUCGCUGUACACGCAUUUCCUGUGGACGCCCGAAGAUUCCUCAAGGUGCUAAAAUUCUCUCUGGGAACUCCUUCUUUUUCGGCGACGCACUAACGGUACGCUGCCAUCAGCGUACGGUGGACAUUGUAUGUCAGGCCACUGGCCAGUGGACUCCUUUGGAUGAGUGCUGA